AAGUGACGGCGUCGCGCAAAAAAGCUACGGUGACCGGCGACUCAUGCUGAGUUAUUUCGCGCAAUCUGCAGAGGGGGCUUAGACUUCAAAUUCGCAAUGGUAGGGGUUGCCAGAACAAAAACUGAUCAUUGGAGCGCUGCUCAGCAGUAGAUGCUCACAAAGCAUCAAAGAUUUGAACUGUUGAUGCCGUGAAGAUACAGCUUUGAAAGUAAUUAACCAGAAACUUACCUAUAAACAAACGUAUAAUAAAAUUUAAUACAAAGUGUACCUACCUACGCAUAUAAUCGAAAAAAUAAAUACGGCCAUAAUUAGCAGUUACCCAUUUUUAAUGGUGAAAGGAUAGGAGUUAAUUGGAUACCUGAUAUAUUUCAAAUUUUAAUUAAUAAAUGCUAAGGGUAAGGUUCCUGAGGUUUUUAGUAGUUGCAGUUGCAGCCAGCUUAUCCUUCCUCUUAAUAUUAUUGUCGGUUUAUUCAAAACAGUCACAAACCUACUCGAAUGUUAUACAAGAGGAAUCUGAUGACUCGUCUGAUGAUGACAGUAGCCACAUUGCCACAUUCAACGAUAUUAUCAAGCAGCAUGCUGCUAUUAUUGAAAAGGAGACAUCUGAUUAUUCCUUUCCGAACAAUUUGGAACUACAAAAUUUCACUCUGUCAACGGGAGGAAGGCCUUUAAGAAAUAUUAUUAUAACAACGUGGAGAUCGGGCUCGACAUUUUUAGGCGACAUUAUGAAUGCCAUACCUGGAAAUUAUUAUCAUUACGAACCGUUGUUACAUUUUGGAAUCGUUCAAAUACGAGGGCCACCGUAUGGGGAUGAGGCUGUGAAGACCUUAAAAAAAUUGUUAAAUUGUGAUUAUACAGAUUUAGAUAAUUAUCUAGCUUAUGGAAAAACGCAUAUUUAUCUAUUUACGCACAAUAAGAGAUUAUGGAAUGUGUGUGCAAAGUAUUGCUGGGAUCCAACGUUUCUAAGGGAAUUUUGUAAAUUGUUUCCAUUUCAAUCCAUGAAAGUGGUACGACUGCGCCUUGCACUAGCCGAAGAACUUUUGAAGGAUGAAUCUUUAAAUGUACGCGUCCUUCUACUGAUUCGAGAUCCGCGAGGUACUUUGCAGUCCCGGAAACACAGAGAUUGGUGUCCGGGAGCUCCUGACUGUGAUCAACCGAAUUUGUUAUGUGAAGAUAUUGUAGCGGAUUAUAAAACAGCGAUAAGAUUCCAAAAUGAAUAUCCUACACGAUUUAGGGUAAUUCGAUAUGAAGAUCUAUCCAUUGAUCCCUACCGGCACGUGAAGGAUCUUUUCCAAUUUUUUCAACUUUACAUGCAUCCGUCUGUAGAGGCGUUCCUGAACUCGCACACGAAUCAUAAUUCCGGCGGAACGUCCAGUACAUUUCGCGAUUCGAAAAGUGCACCAUUCCAUUGGCGAACGGAAUUGAAUUUUUCAGAAGUUCAGUAUAUUGAAAAGAAUUGUGAUCAAGCGAUGAAGUUGUGGGGGUAUGUUAAAGCACACAAUGAGAGUCAUUUGCGUGAGUUUAACCCCCUUGAUGUUUACACUGUCGAGUAAUUUGCAAAGUUUAGGAC